UGGCCAUAUUGGAUCUCAUUGAGAUCUAGCAACAGGGAUUACAUCAAUUCAGUAGAAUACAGCUCAGGAGACGGCUGGGGAUUUGAAACAUUUAAGCAUUCCAUCAUGGCUGCCUGUGAUAUAGAGAGAGGAGGGGAUGAAGACAAACGCAUGCUCGCUUUGGGAGGCCACGUGGGGUUCGACAGCCUUCCAGAUCAGCUUGUUAGUAAAUCUGUAACCCAGGGGUUCUGCUUUAACAUCCUGUGCGUGGGUGAAACUGGCAUUGGAAAGUCAACACUCAUGAACACUCUCUUUAACACCACAUUUGAGACAGAUGAAGCUAGUCACUAUGAGAAUGGUGUUAACUUGAGACCACGUACAUAUGAACUCCAUGAGAGUAAUGUGCAUCUGAAGCUGACAAUAGUGGACACUGUAGGAUUUGGAGACCAAAUCAACAAAGAUGACAGUUACAGGUCAGUCGUUGAUUACAUUGAUACUCAGUUUGAGAAUUACCUCCAAGAAGAGCUCAAAAUCAGACGUUCCCUUUUUGACUACCAUGACACAAGGAUACACGUCUGUCUUUACUUCAUCACACCCACGGGUCACUCGCUGAAAUCUCUGGAUCUGGUUACAAUGAAGAAACUGGAUAGUAAGGUUAAUAUAAUUCCCAUAAUAGCUAAAGCUGACACAAUUUCCAAGAGUGAACUGCACAAGUUCAAAAUAAAAAUCAUGAGCGAGCUGGUCAGUAACGGCGUUCAGAUCUACCAGUUUCCAACGGAUGACGACGCUAUGGCUGAUGUCAACUCUACAAUGAAUGGACAUCUCCCAUUUGCAGUGGUCGGCAGUACAGAAGAGGUUAAAGUGGGCAAUAAACUAGUAAGGGCCAGACAGUAUCCAUGGGGUGUUGUGCAAGUUGAAAAUGAAUCCCACUGUGAUUUUAUAAAACUGCGAGAGAUGCUGCUCCGCGUAAACAUGGAGGACCUUCGAGAACAGACCCACACACGCCAUUAUGAGCUGUACAGAAGGUGUAAGCUGGAGGAGAUGGGUUUCAAAGACACAGAUCCUGACAGUCAGCCAUUCAGCCUUCAAGAGACCUAUGAAGCCAAAAGGAAAGAGUUCCUUGGUGACUUGCAGCGUAAAGAGGAAGAAAUGAGACAGAUGUUUGUGAACAAAGUCAAGGAGACAGAAGCUGAACUGAAAGAGAAGGAGAGAGAGUUACAAGAGAAGUUUGCCCAUCUGAAAAGGAUACAUCACGAUGAAAACAAAAAGGUGGAGGACAAGAGGAAGGAAUUGGAAGAAGAGAUGAAUGCCUUCAACAGACGGAAAGUUGCAAUGGAGACUUUGCAAUCACAGUCAUUCCAGGCGACUUCCCAGCAGCCUCUGAAGAAGGACAAAGACAGGAAAAAUUAAGACGCACAGGCUUGCAUGUCAAGAUUGGACUUACACGUUCAUGUCAUUUAAUUGCAUGGAUUCUGCCCAUGCCAUCCUUCUCUCCUAACAUUGUGAAUGGACCAAACCAUAAAGAAAACAUGGAAACUACAGAGUUUACAGAUUAACCAAUAAUUUUAAUAGGUGCAGAUAUGUAAUAUGAAUUGCGUUAAUUGUAGAAAAUUGGUGCUUUCUAAUUAUCUAUGCAAGACCAUUGUACAUUUAAAAACCUUACAACUGUUUCAAUUUGUUGAACAUAUCCAAAGCAGACCCAUCACUGUACUAAUUACAUAUAAAUUAAUCCGUGACAAUAAUAUUGUCAGGGUGUACGGAUUCCUUGUGUUUAUAAAUAUAUUUUUUUUUUCCUUUUUUCCUCUUUAUUUGGAAAUAUUUUUUAAUUAUCUAUAAUGCAUAUUUGGAGAAGUAAAAGUAUUUACAAAUGAAAUAAAUAUAUAAUGGUUGUGUGAGUGUAUGCUGCAAGGCCUGGCAAUAAUUCUAUUCAGUUGGUUAAAGGAGGACUGGACCCUAAAAAGAGAGAAAUAUAUAUAUUUACUUCUGUUGGAGCACUUAAAAAUCCAACUAAAGGGCUAAAAAGUUGAUAUAGAGAUUUUUUGUUUGUGUUUUUUUUUUUUUUUUUUUUUUUUAAACCUUGAACUGCUCUAAAAUUUUGCUGUAUUUUAUUUACACCUGUUUUAUGCCAUUUGCUAAUGGAACAUUGAAAUAUACUUUUAAUUUCGGAAAAUAAAUAUAUCCUCUUGAGUAAA